AUGGACCCGGCUUCAUUUGCCUUUUCCGUCGCCUCCAUGGUGCAGUUAUGCAUUCACCUCGGAAAGAACUUGUACGCACGCUGCGAAGCAUACCGUUCCGCCGAGAGGGAAUUGCAAGAAUCCAAUCUGAAAAUCCAAGGUCAUUGGAUCAAGAUCGAGCAACAAUUAUCCGCACUUCAAGCUGUAUGGGAGGCCCUUCCGGAUGCUUUGCAGAUCCAUCAAUUCCAGGUGCUUCAAGUCCUCCGAAGCAAGCUCAAGGCCGCGAUAAAGAGCAUUCAGAGUCUGAGUGUUGACCUAGGAGCUGAGAACUCACUCGAUAAGUCCAUAGACUCUUCCCUCGCUCGGAUUCUGCUGAAAGUGUCCCGCACCAAACGGAUCAAAUACGCCAUCUAUGCCAAGGAAUCUCUCGAACACAUCGUUGAAGAGUUGGAGCAAUGGCAGAGGACAUUCGACCCAUCCUGGUUCUUCUUAAGUCGUCUGACCAUCCAGACAAUCGAUCAAGAGUUCAGUGGAAAGAGGGCUGCGGAGAGCAAGGCCGUUUCGACAGUGGUUAAUUUGCGUGAAGUCCAUCGAAUCUACGACGAGGAGAGCUCCGCUUCGAUAUUCUUGGGGAAAGAUUUUGCCAUCGGACGUUACACGACGAUCACUUCGUCUUCUUCAUGGCUCGCUCGCACCAAUGAAGGCUUGGUAGUAGUCGACCGCAUCCCGAUUAGGCGACAAAACGACCUUCGUCACCGCACCAAGGACGUUCGGGACCUAGCACGCAUCCUUUCCAAAGUCGAUCCGGACACAUUUGGCCUUCUGUCGUGUCGUGGCGUACUCAGGACGGAAAAGACUUUCGAUCUUAUUUUUCCUAUCCCCGGGAGUCAGCAGCAAGAGCCUAUUGCUAGUCUUCGCUAUACCCUCUCGAGACGUGUUGAGCGCAGCUUUACUCUGAACGAGCGAGUGAAAUUGGCGAAUUCUCUGGCGCGGUCGGUCGUGUUUCUACAUUCGGCUUCAUUUGUCCACAAAGGCAUUACACCGGAGAAUAUCAUUCUCUACAGACUGUCAAAGGACAGUCUGGGUAUUCCUUUUCUGGUUGGCUUUGAUCAAUUCCGCCUGGCAGAAGGACCGACCUAUUUGAGUGGCGACACAGCUUGGGAGAGGAACCUUUACCGUCAUCCACGACGUCAGGGAAUACAUCCCGAAGAUGAAUAUAUCAUGCAGCAUGACGUAUAUAGCCUUGGGGUCUGUUUGCUGGAGAUUGGACUCUGGACUUCCUUCGUCGAGUACUCGGGAGACUACGGCCAGCCUGUUCCAGGAUCACCACUAUCAAUCGGGGAGCUUAUUGUUGAAAGAGACCAAAGACGAGCGGCCUACCAGAUCAAGAAAAUGCUUGUCGACCUGGCCAGAACUAAGUUGCCAUCUCUGAUGGGAAACAUCUUCACCGAAGUUGUCGUGUCAUGUCUGACAUGUCUCGAUAAGGACAACGAGUUGUUCGGAGAUGAAGAAGAAUUCCUGGACAAUGAUGGAAUUCUCGUCGGUGUUCGCUAUAUAGAGAAGAUUCUGUUUGCGCUCCAAGGAAUUGCGGUAUGA